UGCUGGGCGGCGCAGACUACAUGAGAAAGCGUAACCGCCGAGCUGGCCACGCCUCCUCUUUUACCCGCCCUUUUCCCCUCUCCCGCUGACGUCAGCAAGCCGGGGCCGUGACCCCACCCACUGGAGCAGGCGCAGCCUAUCGGCGCCCCGGUCGCCGCCUCCUGACGUCACCGCCCCGCCCCCUCUCUCUCUCUCCAGCAAUUCAUGUCGCUCCCAGUGCGGAGACGGCGGUGGCGGCGGAGUGCGGACGACCCGAUGGAGACCUGAGAGUCGGGGGCAGGCGCCGCCAUCAUCGACCGGACACAGGGAGCUUCUCUCUUUCUCUAGCUCUUUUUUUUUUUUUUUUUCUCGCCCCGCUUGGAGCCUGCGGGUGGUGAGCCGAGAUGUACACCGGAACCGGCCCGGUGCUUGCACCGCCAACUCCGGCACCACCUCUCCCAGUGCCGGUAUAUACCUUCAAACCUCCACCGAGACCAGAUUUUGGUACCUCAGGGAGGACUAUUAAACUGCAGGCCAACUUUUUUGAAAUGGACAUUCCCAAAAUUGAGAUUUACCAUUAUGAAAUAGAUAUCAAACCGGAAAAAUGUCCCAGGAGAGUGAACAGGGAAAUAGUGGAACACAUGGUUCUCCAUUUUAAGGCAAAGAUCUUUGGAGAUCGAAAACCAGUAUUUGAUGGAAGAAAGAACCUCUACACUGCAAUGCCGCUCCCUAUCAACGGUGACAAACAGGUGGAGUUGGAAGUCACGCUGCCAGGGGAGGGAAAGGACCGCACCUUCAAAGUUGCUAUUAAGUGGAUGGCCUGCGUGAGCUUACAGGCUUUACACGAUGCACUGUCCGGACGCCUUCCUAGCAUUCCUUUUGAGACUAUACAGGCAUUAGACGUCGUGAUGAGACAUUUACCCUCUAUGAGGUAUACGCCCGUAGGUCGGUCAUUCUUUACUGCAUCCGAAGGAUGUGCAAACCCUCUUGGCGGAGGUAGAGAAGUUUGGUUUGGCUUCCAUCAGUCUGUUAGACCUUCACUCUGGAAAAUGAUGCUUAAUAUAGAUGUAUCUGCCACAGCAUUCUACAAAGCACAGCCCGUCAUAGAGUUCAUGUGUGAAGUUCUGGAUUAUAAGAGCAUAGAGGAGCAACAAAAACCUCUGACAGAUUCCCAAAGGGUUAAGUUUACCAAAGAAAUUAAAGGCUUAAAAGUGGAAAUUACACACUGUGGUCAAAUGAAGCGGAAAUAUCGAGUGUGCAACGUUACAAGACGACCAGCAAGUCAUCAAACAUUCCCUCUCCAGCAAGAGAGCGGGCAGACGGUUGAAUGCACCGUUGCACAGUACUUCAAGGAUAGACACAAGCUAGUACUGCGCUAUCCUCACCUUCCAUGUUUACAGGUCGGCCAGGAGCAGAAACAUACAUACCUUCCACUUGAAGUAUGUAUUAUAGUGGCAGGACAAAGGUGCAUAAAGAAACUGACAGACAAUCAAACCUCCACUAUGAUCCGAGCAACUGCCCGGUCAGCCCCAGACCGCCAGGAGGAGAUCAGUAAAUUGAUGCGCAGUGCAAGUUUCAAUACUGAUCCCUUUGUACGUGAGUUUGGUAUUAUGGUGAAAGACAACAUGACUGAUGUCACCGGAAGAGUCCUUCAACCUCCUUCAAUCCUUUAUGGAGGCAGGGUAUGGGAAGAACCAAAUGCUCCCUUGAACAAAGCCAUUGCUACCCCUGUGCAAGGUGUUUGGGACAUGAGGAACAAACAGUUUCACACUGGCAUUGAGAUAAAGCUGUGGGCUAUUGCCUGCUUUGCCCCUCAGCGACAAUGUACUGAGCUCCACCUGAAAACUUUCACGGAACAAUUGCGGAAGAUAUCGCGUGAUGCUGGAAUGCCCAUUCAAGGGCAGCCUUGUUUCUGUAAAUAUGCUCAAGGAGCAGACAACGUGGAGCCUAUGUUCAAGCAUCUUAAGAACGCCUUCACUGGGCUACAGCUGAUAGUUGUAAUUCUCCCAGGGAAGACGCCGGUGUAUGCGGAGGUGAAACGCGUUGGUGACACUGUGCUCGGGGUGGCCACUCAGUGUGUGCAGAUGAAAAAUGUGCAGAGGACAACGCCGCAGACACUGUCAAACCUUUGCUUGAAGAUUAACGUCAAAUUAGGAGGAGUCAAUAACAUCUUGUUACCCCAGGGCAGGCCUCAGGUGUUUCAGCAGCCAGUUAUAUUUCUUGGAGCAGAUGUCACCCACCCUCCUGCAGGGGAUGGAAAAAAGCCGUCAAUUGCUGCGGUGGUAGGUAGCAUGGAUGCCCACCCCAACCGAUAUUGUGCCACGGUAAGAGUGCAGCAGCAUCGUCAAGAGAUCAUUCAAGACCUGGCCACCAUGGUCCGGGAACUGCUCAUCCAGUUCUACAAAUCCACGCGUUUCAAGCCCACAAGAAUCAUCUUCUACAGGGAUGGUGUGUCUGAAGGCCAGUUUCAGCAGGUACUACAUUAUGAGCUUAUUGCUAUUAGAGAGGCUUGCAUAAAGUUGGAGAAGGAUUACCAGCCGGGCAUUACUUUCAUUGUUGUACAGAAAAGACAUCACACACGGCUCUUCUGUACAGACAGAAAUGAACGGGUUGGGAAAAGCGGAAAUAUUCCAGCUGGUACCACAGUGGACACAAAAAUCACCCACCCCUCAGAGUUUGACUUCUAUCUGUGCAGUCAUGCUGGAAUACAGGGAACAAGCAGACCCUCGCACUAUCACGUUCUCUGGGAUGAUAACCGGUUCUCCUCCGAUGAGCUGCAGAUUCUCACUUACCAGCUCUGUCACACUUACGUCCGUUGCACUCGCUCUGUGUCUAUCCCCGCUCCCGCAUACUAUGCACAUUUAGUGGCAUUUAGGGCCCGAUAUCACCUGGUGGACAAAGAACACGACAGUGCGGAAGGUAGCCACACUUCUGGUCAGAGUAACGGGAGAGACCACCAAGCACUUGCUAAGGCUGUUCAGGUUCACCAGGACACCCUGCGUACCAUGUACUUUGCUUAAUUGGUGCUGGUAUCCGAUGUUACAUAGGCACUACCGAAGGAUUCACGCCAGGCCAGCUGCACUUACUUGUAUUGUAGUUCCAGCUACAAAGUGCAAUCCCACCAUAUCCCCCCGACUCGUCAUCGUACCUCGCUACCCAACCAGCCCCUCCGUCCAGGCCCCCCCGUAUACUAUUUUCUCUGCAACUAUCAUUGCAUCAUGUGAGGUUUGUGAAACACGGAAGCGUUUACAGAAAUUAACCCUUUUAAUACAAUUUGAACAAUUUUUCUCUCAGGGCUUUAAAAAAAAAAAAACGCUAUGAUAAAUAUAUAUACACUUUUUAUUUUAUUUUUUAAAUGUUUUUUUGUAAAGAAAUUCCGAGUUGAAAUGUCGGAUAAGAUGUGAUGGCCUGGAAAAAAAAAAAAAGGAAGAAAAGACCUGAUCUUGAAAUGUUUAAAGCCUUAAAUAUUAAGUUAAUUUAUUGAGAAAAAAAAUACUUUUUUUCCUUUUUUUUACAUUUAUCUCCUUUUUGAAAUUCGUGUCAAAUAUUUUAGUACAUAAAGUUUAUGUAAGUAGGCGAAAUCACCAGUAACUAUGAUAAAUCAUGGAUAUCCUAGUAUUCGUUAUAUAUAUAUAUUUUUCCUGUGUGCCAUUUGAAAACUUCUCUGAAACCUGGUUUUUAUUUUAUUGCAUUUGUCUGGCUGGACUCGAACUUACCGAUACGGGUCUGUGGCAAUGGGGACAGUACAAUCAUGUUAAGCUAAUGUACAAAAGAAUUCUAUUUUAGCAGUAUUAAUGUGAGAUGACAUGCUAUUUAUUUUAUUUACACAGAGCAUCCUAUUUCUAUUCAUAUCUGUUCUGCACUGACGUUGCGGACCUGGCCCUCAAUGCCCUAUAGGACCCACAGGCAGUUGAAUGGAUUUAAAAAAAAAAAAAACAACCUCAUUUCAUUAACUGCUACACUGCCGGUUGGCUUUGCUAAGCAACACAGUCAUGUCUGGUUGGCGUAUUGUGAGGAGCGGCUUCCAGGGGCUUAGGUUUGGUGGAAGUUCUUAGCUUUUCUUCACGGUAAAAUGCCACAUGUGCUAACGUGUUAGAUAUACAGGGCUGCCGCACCUUUUGUCAGCAACAGAAUCCGCAAAUCUAGGGGCAAUGUUGCUGUACGCCGAUUAAAACGCUCUACAAAUCCAACCCUAACACUCCUAAGACUCGAGUCUGAUGACAGAUUCUCAUUGGAGAUCUUUGAAGGAUUGGCCCAUGGUGUGUUGAGGCCUCUGAGUGCGUGGAUUCCUCAUUCCGUCAUACCGCAGACACAUAUGCAAUCUGUUUUUUGUUUUUCCUUUUAUGAUUUAAGGAAUAUGCAAUUAUGUAAUGAGAUAAAACGAAUGACCCAUGAAUAUGUCACUUUUAAGCAAUACUUUGAAGCUUUUGGAAAUGCAGUAAGAUUGGUUGCGGAACCUGCGGCAUGAUUCGUACAUCCUGCUAAUGUUUUCUCAUGGUUUGAGCCUUAAUCUUUUAAUCUUGCAGUUGAAGAUGGCUAUUUUUCAUUAUGAAUAAGUGAUUACACAUAUUUGAAUGCUCUGCUGCUUUUGUAUAGGGGUCUCUGUGUCAGCUAUCCAUCUGCCUGUCCGCUGACUGUGGCCUGUCUGUUUUUGUUUCAUACCUUUGUGUGUGUGUGUGUUUUACAUGCGAUCUUAACUUUUGUAAAAUACAUAUAAACAGAUGAUACUAGAAUCCUUUGGUUUCCAUGCCCACUGGCAUAUGUGGGUGGUUGUUUUUUUUGUCUUUAUCCUGUUAAUCCGGCAUUUCGUGUAUUUAACGCUACAGAAAACUCCUCUAAAACCUGAUUGUUUAUCUGGAUUAGUACUUGCCCCUUUUUUAAUGUCUAGGCAAGUUCCUUGUCCGAUAUGAUGCCCCACUCUUGGUGUUUCGGUGAUGAAUCAUCGGCAUUUAUUGUUUUCAUUUAGGCAUUAGUUUAAUGUGUCGGUUGACUGGAAAACUAUCAUGAAAUUGUAUUGGACGUCCGCCUCGCAGUCACAAACUUGGAACGUUUUAGGAUCCGUCUUAUCCUACUACUUCCCAAUUUUAUUUCAAAACUUUAUCCCAGCUGCACUUUUUGGGUUUUGUUGGCUACACACAGCAUAGGAAAGUUGCAUUUCCCUCCUCUUCGUUCAGAACUUCUGUGAUGUAAAAAAAACAACAGAUCUUUACACUGGUGCGUGUGUGGUUUUAAUUAUAAUUUUUUUUUUAUUUAUAUGUACCAAUUAAAAGUAUAAUUUAACACUACACUGUCAACGAUGUAUGUGAGCGUGUCAUGAUAGUUUCCCUUUUUAAAUAAAAAAAAAAACAAUCCAAAUAUUUCCUUACUGUGAAUGAUAAAGGGGCUGGUAAGCAGUGCGAUUUCUGUAUACAAAGUACAAACUUGAAUUGCCCCCACCCGGCAAUAAGAGGUUUUGCUGACGCCAGGGACAGCGAAGCCAUAUACUGUUACUGACAUCUGCAAUCUAUCCGGCGGAGCGUUACGAAUCCGCCUGUAACCUGUGACUGGAGUGUCCUUAACUAACAGCGUGGUGCUUUUUUAUUUUUUUAUAGAACGUAAAUAAAAAAAAACUAUGCAUUGAUAAUGUUUAGGGGGAAAUACGACGAAGAUUUUCAUAUUCCUAGUGUCAGUAGGCAGAUUUGCUUCUGUUGAAAGUUUGCACACAUCACAAAGGACAGAUAUUUAUAUAUGUAUACAUUUUUGCACUAACGCACACCACAGAAAAGUAAUAAAACAAACAUUUUUUUUUUCUUCAAUGUUGUAAUAUUUAUAUAAGUAAGGGAGCCGUAUAAUACUCAUAAAAAAUAAAAUAAAUAAAAAUCCAAAUACAAUGCUAAUCCCCACCCCCCUCCCCUAUUUAUUACACCCAAAGACCUCCUCUUUAACGUCUGUAAUAGAAAUUGAAAAAAAAAAAAACUUUGAAGCUAACUUUUUUUUUUUUUUUUAAAUCUCUUCUGUCAUGUUUCAUGUGUGUGAACAUACAUCUGUGCACUUUCCCUUGAACAGUCAUUGCAUUUAUCUGGAAUUUCGACACAGAAUGAUUUCCUAACAUACCGAAAACCAUCACCUUUAAUGAGACAUGAGAUUUUUCCUGCGUUUAAAGUAAUUAAACCCAAUGUUUUUUUUCCUAUAUUCAGCAUUUUACUCGUAUACCUACCCAUAAUCGCAUCCAGUUAUACCUAGGGCUGCCAGUAUUGCUUUUCAGAGUGCUCCUAACCUGUUAGAUGAUAUUCGAGCCUGUGUAGCCACUACAAGUGGCUUAUUUAAUUUGUUACUGUUUUUGCUGUAAUUUUGCAUUUACUAAUGUUUGUAUGCCGUAUCUAUCGAUACCGUCUUGUGCUUUCUAGAGUCUACCCCACCAGCAUUAUUAAACUGUGAUUUCUAUAUGUGACAGUAAUUUGGGCCUUUGGGAUGAAACAAACUGAACCAGACAUGCGAGUAAUCCCAUGUUUUUUGUCUGUACUUCAGCUUUGGUCAACACUUCAUAAAUUCGGUUAUGUCCCCCAUACAUCUGAGGGUGCUAUCCCCCAACCGGCUGGCACAGCCGAUAUCGGGGGGGGGGGGGGGGUGUCAGGAUUUUUAAACAUGUUUUAUAUCCCCAAUUCCCUGACCUGACAGAAGAUAUGUGGCAUUACCCCAAUAAAUCCUUUGUGUAUGGGAGCCAUAACAAUAGACGGUCAUGUCACACCUGACUUUUACGUAUCGGGCAUCGUAGAUGGUGCGUCAGUGCUGGUGUGACUGCGAUUUACACUGCCUUCUGCAUAAGUAGUUUAAUACAUCCCCUAACCACAUACCAUGAAUGCUGGUGUGACACUAGCCUGCGCUUUAUGUCACUGUGCUACUAUAUGGCAUUGGAUGCAGCUGUUGAUCUGUACCUCCCCCUAGUAUUCUCUGCCGUGGUGUAAUAUGCUCGGGUAACUAGUACUUGGGACUGUACACAUGUCCGAAUGGGAGGGAAAUGCGGAUAUACAGGUGGAAAUUCAGUUGAGGGCGAAGGAUGCGAAUCGCUAUUGCCGCGGUGUUUAACAUAGACAACUGCAGCCUUUCGCACAGUCGAUACGCUCAAAAGUGCUUGAUUGAGAUCCCGCUGUCACACAUAUUUGAGUGAUUGGUUUCGCCCUAGUUGAAUUCCUCCUAAAUGUUAGUAAUGUUAAAGGACAAGCGUCUCCCCUCCCAUAUUUAUCUUGUCUGAUUUUAUUGUAUUUGCCUAGAGACUUCACGCCCACUGCCAUACUAAUAUUGGGCAGUGCAGUAACUGUGUAAGGAAGUCCUGAAAAGGUGGUGUGCAAGUUUCACUCCUACGUUGGAAAAAAGGUAAUGACGCCCCAUGGCCAAUAGAUAACGUUUAUCUUUUGGUGGUAAUUAACUCAGAUGGUUUGGGGGCUGCUAAGGUUCAAACUCCACAGGCCUCUAGAUCAUGUACGAUAGUCAUGACGCCACUGUGCCUGAGUGCCAGUAUAUGAACCAUCAGGUUACAGAAAAGGCUAGUACAGUAAGGGCAUGACGUAUGGCUUGUAGCAGUGGCUGCAGUGGUACCCCGUCCCUUAGACAUCAAAAGUUUUACUGUCCUUGCUGUUGAGCACUUGUACCAUGUACUUAGAUGAGGAGUUGUGUUUGCGAAUGUAUAACAGUUGUAGGCUGGUCAUUGGCUGCCCAACGCAUCAUCCAUUGUGACACUAAUCCAGUGAAGACAAUCUGACUGGCAUUUAAAGCCAUAAUUCCCUCAAAUAUUAAGCACAGCUUUCUAAUAGUAAAGUACACCGUUUAUACAGUGCUUGUGCACUGCUAAUAGUGCAUCACCGUGCUUGUGAUGUGCUUUAUUCCAACCACUUGAAAUAACACUUUUUUUCUUAUCGCCAUCUUAAUUAUGUGGCGUUAAAAUGCUGGGGUUUUCUAUUCCCCAUGUUUAAUAGUGAAGGUAAUCAAGGAAACUGUAUGUCUUGUGCUCUGGCAAUGAUUCGAUCUCCCUUCCCAAUUGUGUGUGUUCAGCCAGUCCUCACAAGGAAUUGGUGGUCAGUGUGCCGCAGGUAAAGUACCAGCCUUACUGUGCAUUUACUCCGCCGGCCAGAUCCCCCACUUGGGUGGUGGUCCACGCCACCACCCAAGCAAGAAUAGGUUACUCGCCACCAGGCGCAGAGUGGUGAGCGCGCACGCUGCGCUUGCCACCAGUAUCCCGAGAGCCGAGGUUAUACUGAUUUCGAUUUGUGACUGGGACACUGGUUGUGAGGCCAGUGUGCUCUGCACUGAGGGCAGUCUAGUGGUCCUCUACACAUUUAGAUUCUAACAUUUUCCUUUUAGUAUCCCUCUGAACCCAGGCCUACAGUUUCUUCCCAGCGCUCUGAUCACACAUUUCACCUCAUCUCAUCCGUAGUGAAAAUGUUAGGCAUUUUACUUGUAUUUUAGAUUAACAUACAGAGAAGCCAAUCUUGUACCAAACCACAAAAUUCACAAGUUUUCCGUAAAGGGAAUUGGUGUGGCUGUGGUCAGAGAUGACUGACGUUUCUCCUCUUACAAAAGUGGCAUUUGUGGCAGUAGGCAAGCCUGGGCCUAUGCCGCGUCACACCGCAGCAGUAAUGUGGCAGAUUGGUGCUAGAGGGGAUUAAAAAGUGCAAAGCGUAAACUAGAUCAAUAUUAGUCUGCUUGUGCACAGAACCUCCCAGUACCUUGCAUUGUGUUCUAACAAGUAAUGUAAGUUCUUCCGCAGUGUCUGACUUGUGGUGUAUGCAUAACUCUUGUGGUGUAUGCAUAACUUUGUGUCAGGAUUUCUGGUAUAUUCAUAGAUAUAUAUAUAUAUAUAUAUAUAUAUAUAUAUAUAUAUAUAUAUAUAUAUAUAUAUAUGUGUGUACAUAGAAUUGAAGAAAAAAUGGUUGUAAACCUAAUAUUAACGUUUUUUUUCCUUGCGCCCUCAUUCUUGUAAAACUUAAUGCUCUGGAAUAUUAUGAAUGUUACGGCACGUCACUAUUGCUGCAACUUACCUGUAACCAGGCACAAUGACAUUGUCUAUUAGGCGGGCUGGGAGAGUCACUAUGGUGACGCAGCCUAUUCCAUGCCAGCUAUUUAAUUUCAGCAGAACAUAAGACCCGUUCCUAGUGACUUAGUAGAUCGUAUUACCUUGAAUGUGUGUUUGGCCCACACAAUGGCUGCCACCACAGUACAGCUGACCGGUACUUUCUUAGGUUUUUCUGUUAACCUGUAGAUGUCAAUGGCUACCUCCACCUGUGUAAGACUUGCUUCAGAUUCAGCCAAACUAUUUCUUAUUUUUUAAAACGGCCAAACCCAUUGCCUGAAUCGAUAUUAUCGAGCCACAUUUUCCAAGUAAUGAUGCCAACUUUUCUUACCUAUGCUAACGUUUCUGGUACCCCCCGAAUGUGGCGUAUGUCUGCCUCUUACCCAUUUCCUUUCCAUUCCCUGUCACUACUUUCCCAGUGAUUGUUAUAUUUUAAGGUUGUGACGUUAUAAAGGGUGCUAAUCUUUUAUAUUGUGUUUAUUGUCUGAGACCUUCGUGUUCUGUGAGACGUCCGUUUCGCCUAGUGAAGCUGUGUUUUCUCACACAGCGAUGGGUGCUGUGGGUCUCAUUCAUAAUUUGGGAAGCUGUGUGAAGUGCUCUUCUACAGGUGAUCUGCUGCUACCAGCAAUAGAUGUUGAUUUUGUACACGUGUCUAUUGUAACUGCUACAAUUAGAGUAAACCUGAAUAUUAUGGAAUCUCCUUUUAUAAUUUUGAUACUUUCAAAAUUAGAUUACAUUUGACGUGAUUGUUAAUAUAAUUAGGUGAUGGACUGCAAAGCAUUCUAUUGUCCCUGGUGCAGUAAGAUCAUGGGGAGGGUAUCUUCCUGUUUUGCUACAUUCUCCAUUGGAAUGAGCCUUCUACAUCCAUUGGUUACCUGUACAUGAAACGUUCUACUUUUCUAAGCAAGUUACUUGGGACUGUUGGUGUUCCAUUGCUUUGGGUCCCUAAAAAUGAGUUUCCCAAAAGACUGUAUUGCAUAUAACCAAUUCCUUGGAUCCCUGUCUUGCACUCUAGUUCUAAACACAUGGAGAAAAAUAGGCAUUACAUAUUAUACAGGGAUUUUUCUCCCUAUAUAGUAUGUGACUGCUGCUUUCAAUGAAACCUGGAUCUUCUAUUUAUCACUAUAAUUCUCCUUCGCCAACACCUGUUUUGCCAGACUGUAUAUUACAGUGAAAAUAGACCACCACGGGUGGUAUUCAGUAUGCCGGCUGUUGGGAUACUGGCGCUUAGUAUACCGGCGCCGGAAUCCCGGCAUACCGACAACUAUUCUCCCUCUUGGGGGUCCACGACCGCCGGCAUAACAUGCUACACCCCUUCACUAGAAUAAGGUGGAGAAAAUUACCUGUGAGGCUGAUUUAUUGCAUCGCCACUGCACCGGGAUAAUUUUUAAAUACUGUCUAACUAUAAAGCCUUGAUCUGGUGAUUGUCUGUUUGCGGCAUUGGUCUGCUUCCCAUUAUAAUCAUGCGUGUCUGGUUAUAUGUUGGUAUGUAACUGGCAUGUACUGAUCGGAGUAAGUUACUCUCUCCCAUAACCCUGCAAGUUACUGGGGUGUGAUCUCGGAUGGUUCCCCUGUGGCUGCGGUGUAAAUGAAUGAGACCCGUCUGGAAUGCACUAAGCCCACGGUGUUUACCACAAAGCACUGGUAAACUGCAGGAGAGUGAGAGCAGUGGUAGGGACUGCGUAUCCCUAUGGCUGGUGUUCCUCCUUCAUACUUGAGACAUCUUCCCUUUUAGUUCAUAAAUCUUAACUUGUAUAGUAUACAUGUACUACAGCAGAACACACUUUAUGCAGUAGUAAUGUCCUGGAGGUGGAGUAAUCCUUUCACAGGUUAGUUCCUAUAGAUACGGUUUGUUCCCAGAUGUGGUCUCAGGUCGCUGUAAGUGGGAUAUGGUGUGCACAGUCCAACACAAGCGAUUGUCAUCUCAACUGUUAGGGACCAAUGUUCUCUCUUUAUCUGUACUUCGCACUAUCCGAAAUGCAUUACCAUAGUCUUCCAGUAACAUCCGUGGAUUCCGGCAUCUCUCUGAUCUAGAAAUACUCCUCCAAAGCCAAAGAAGUCUUCCGUAGGGUCUGUCUUACCAUGAUAAGAUAUUGCAGUAUUGUGAGGUGUAAGGGCAUUAUUCCGGUGAACCAGCAUGGGGAAGGGGGCUCUGCUCUGUUGUGUGUGGGGGUGAUGAGCUCCCGAGUGUUGCCAUAUCCGGGUGUAUUUUAUGUACGCGUUCUAUCCCUGCCUGCUGCGCAAUACCCUCCUGCCCCCACUGACUUGUUCUAGACUACCUCAGCUGCCCUCUGUAAUUAGUGGGGUAGCGCAGGAAGGAGGGGUCAGUACAUUGUAACCCCACUGGCAGCAGCAAACAAAUGGCGUGUGGUUCUACCUUCAGCGACCAGCUGUGUGACCAAAUGGCAGACUAGUUAUAGGACAGUGUAAUGCCGCUCACUUCCCUGGUAACCUCCUAAACUUUCCCAUGUAGAUAUUCUCUACCAAGCUCUAUAGCAGUCUGUUUCUUUCUAUAUAUCCUGAGACAGUGCCGCCGCCCCCCCCCCCCCCCCCCUACCCCAUUGUGCCUUCUGUCAGACCUUAUUAUAUAUGUUCUACAUUGCUGCAAAUGCUUCUCCCUUGCGUCACACAACGCUCCUGUCAGCGAGAGUUUUGUAGAUGCUGCAGAUCAAACCCGCAGUCCGCCGUCUUACAAUUUGGGUUUCUGUUCCUACCUAAAACAAUAUACUUUUUAGUUCGCCGUAGGCAAGCACAAUACAAUUCAAGUCUUCCUUAGACUUUUACUUGAAACCAUGUACGUAGCUUGCCUAGAGGCUUUACCCUGCUAAAACGUUAGGAGUGGCUCCUGUACAGCAGAAAAUAGACCAACAUUCCUUAUACCAUUAGACGGACAUGCUAAAAGGCAUUCUGAGGGGUUUAACAGUGGAACUAUGGCGAAGACUCCUGGUGUGUUCCUAAAGGGCGCUGUUUGCUCUGCGUAAGCUAUAAUUGUACAAGAAGUUAACCAUGCGUUAUAAAUGCUGCAUAUCUUAACCGCAUCAUUGCACUUUCUCAAUGUAUGCCCUAUACGUGGAUGGACACAGCUUGUGUGUGUGUGUAUGUGGGUUUUAUUUUUUACUUAGAACAAUCAUACUUUGGGCAAAAAAAAAAACCUAAAAAUAAAUGGAAAUGUAGGUACCUCAAAAUAAAUCCUGAAAAUGCUGCAUAGUAUUCCUUUUAUCAGUUUUUUCCUUGUAAAAGUUUGCAGUCUGUCUUUUUAUAAACUGUUUUUACUGUUUUAGUUUAUAUAUCUAAAUAAGUAGUAUAUUUAGCUGUGCUCAUUAGUCUACCUAUAUUCCUAUCGCACUGCCUUUUGAGCUGUACAAUUUUUGUUUUUAUUUUAUUUUUUAUAUUUAUUUUACGUCAGUCAUGGAUUCUGCAGAUGUGGCAGACGAUUGUAGAAUCUGACAGGAUGGUGUACUGGGAAACAGACAAUAUAUUCUCCCUCUCCAAAUAUGGGAGGGGGGAAAAAAACCCUUUCUACCCUAUUUGUGACACUGUAUAUGAAUUGGCGCGAAGCUAAAUUUACUGCGAGCUGGUCAGACACCUUCAGUCUACAAGCUCAGAUUAGGGCGGAGUGUAUAUUGUCUUACUGUGUGUUCAUGAGUUCUGAUUAAUCUAUAACCUAACGGCCCACACGGCAAAUAAGAGGUCACUUGUAUCUCUACGCUUGGUGGUAGAUGACCUAGUUUGCACUAUUUUUUUUUUUUUUUUUUUUUUUUUUUUUUUGCAAUAAAGAUGUUUCACUGACCGCCCUCAGUUUUCUUAUUUCAUGUCUCUAACUACUAAAAGCUUUAGAUUCAAUGUGGUUUAACUUAUCCUCCUAAAUGCUGUAAACUCCUGACAGACUGAUGUGAAUGAAAUUUAUCAAGUUUUUGUAAGAUGUCACUUUUUUGUCUCUCCCCUUUCCCCCCAAUAGUACAUUGUUAAAUAAAUAAAAAAUAAAAAAACCUCUAA